AAAAGGAACUUAAAACUCCCUGUGCUCAGACAGAAAUGAGGCUGUUACAGCUCGCUUCUGUGCUGUUGCUUCUUGCCCCUGACUUGUAAACAAGACCUAGGAGAACUUGCGAACGGAAAGUCACAAACUGCUGGGUGUUUGAAAGGCUCCUGGGGACCUCAUGCACAUCUGCAGAAACUGGAUGGAGAGAUCUGGGGAAGCAUGGACUCUUUAGCCGGCUUAGUUCUCUGUGGAGUCAGCUUGCUCCUUGCUGGGACAGCGGAUGGUGCCAUGGACCUGAUCUUGAUCAAUUCCCUACCUCUUGUGUCCGAUGCCGAGACAUCCCUAACCUGCAUUGCCUCUGGAUGGCACCCCCAUGAACCCAUCACCAUAGGAAGGGAUUUUGAAGCCUUAAUGAACCAGCACCAAGAACCACUGGAAGUAACUCAAGAUGUGACAAGAGAAUGGGCUAAAAAGGUUGUUUGGAAGAGAGAGAAGGCCAGUAAAAUCAAUGGUGCUUACUUCUGUGAAGGGCGGGUUCGAGGAGAGGCGAUACGGAUACGGACCAUGAAGAUGCGCCAACAAGCUUCCUUCCUACCAGCUACUUUAACUAUGACUGUGGACAGGGGAGAUAAUGUGAACAUAUCUUUCAAAAAGGUGUUGAUUAAAGAAGAAGAUGCAGUGAUUUACAAAAAUGGUUCCUUCAUCCAUUCAGUGCCCCGACAUGAAGUACCUGAUGUUUUAGAAGUGCAUCUGCCACACGCUCAGCCCCAGGAUGCUGGAGUGUACUCGGCCAGGUACAUAGGAGGAAAUCUCUUCACCUCGGCCUUCACCAGGCUGAUAGUCCGGCGAUGUGAAGCCCAGAAGUGGGGACCUGACUGUAACCGUGUCUGCACUGUUUGCAUGAACAAUGGUGUCUGUCAUGAAGAUACUGGAGAAUGCAUUUGCCCUCCUGGUUUUAUGGGAAGGACAUGUGAAAAGGCUUGUGAACUGCAUACAUUCGGCAGAACUUGUAAAGAAAGGUGUGGUGGACCAGAGGGAUGCAAGUCCUACGUGUUCUGUCUCCCAGACCCCUAUGGGUGUUCUUGUGCCACAGGCUGGAAGGGUCUGCAGUGCAAUGAAGCCUGCCAGCAUGGUUAUUAUGGGCCAGACUGUAAGCUUAGAUGCAGGUGCACCAAUGGGGAGGUGUGUGAUCGGUUCCAAGGAUGUCUCUGCUCUCCAGGAUGGCAAGGGCUGCAGUGUGAGAAAGAAGGUAUGCCGAGGAUGACUCCAAAGAUAGAAGAUUUGCCAGAUUAUAUAGAAGUAAACAGCGGUAAAUUUAAUCCUGUCUGCAAAGCGUCUGGCUGGCCACUGCCUGCUAAUGAAGAAAUGACCCUGGUGAAACCCGAUGGAACAGUGCUCCAUCCGAAAGACUUCAACCACACAGGUCAACGCUCGGUGGCCAUAUUCACCAUUCACCGGAUCCUGCCCCCUGACUCAGGAAUCUGGGUCUGCAGUGUGAACACAGUGGCUGGGAUGGUGGAAAAGCCUUUCAACAUUUCUGUAAAAGUUCUUCCAAAGCCCCUGAAUGCCCCAAAUGUGAUCAACACCGGACAUAACUUUGCUGUCAUCAAUAUCAGCUCUGAGCCUUACUUUGGGGAUGGACCAAUCAAAUCCAAGAAGCUUCUAUAUAAACCUGUUAAGUAUCAUGAGGCUUGGCGACAUAUUCAAGUGACAAAUGAGAUUGUUACCCUCAACUACUUGGAGCCUCGGACAGAUUAUGAGCUCUGCGUGCAGCUGGUGCGGCGUGGAGAGGGCGGGGAAGGGCAUCCUGGACCCGUGAGACAGUUCACAACAGCUUCUGUCGGUCUUCCUCCUCCAAGAGGUCUCAGUCUCUUACCAAAAAGUCAAACCACACUAAAUUUGACCUGGCACCCGAUACCUCCAAACUCUUCGAAAGAGGACUUUUAUGUUGAAGUAGAGAGGAGGUCUGUGCAAAUGAACAGUGACCAGCAGAAUAUUAAAGUACCAGGCAACUUGACUUCAGUGCUGCUUAACAAUUUACACCCCCGGGAGCAGUAUGUAGUCCGAGCCAGAGUCAACACCAACGCCCAGGGGGAAUGGAGUGAAGAUGUCACAGCUUGGACCCUGAGCGACAUUCUCCCCCCUCAACCAGAAAACAUCAAGAUUUCCAACAUCACCGACUCCUCAGCCGUGAUCUCAUGGACAAUCUUGGAUGGCUAUUCUAUUUCUUCAAUUAUCAUCCGUUACAAGGUUCAGGGCAAGAGUGAAGACCAGCACAUUGAUGUAAAAAUCAAGAAUGCCACCAUCACCCAGUAUCAGCUUAAGGGUCUUGAGCCGGAAACAGCUUACCAGGUGGACAUUUUUGCAGAGAACAACAUAGGGUCAAGCAACCCAACAUUUUCUCAUGAACUGACAACUCUUUCCAAAUCUCAAGCCCCAGGGGACCUUGGAGGUGGGAAGAUGCUGCUCAUAGCCAUCCUGGGCUCCGCGGGAAUGACCUGCCUGACGGUGUUGCUGGCCUUUCUGAUCAUGUUGCAACUGAAGAGGGCAAACAUCCAAAGGAGAAUGGCCCAGGCCUUCCAAAAUGUGAGGGAAGAACCAGCUGUGCAGUUCAACUCAGGAACUCUGGCCCUGAACAGGAAGGCCAAAAACAACCCAGAUCCAACAAUUUAUCCAGUGCUUGACUGGAAUGACAUCAAAUUUCAAGAUGUGAUUGGGGAGGGUAAUUUUGGCCAGGUUCUCAAGGCUCGCAUAAAGAAGGAUGGGUUACGGAUGGACGCUGCCAUUAAGAGAAUGAAAGAAUAUGCCUCCAAAGACGAUCACAGGGACUUCGCGGGUGAGCUCGAGGUUCUUUGCAAACUUGGACAUCACCCAAACAUCAUCAAUCUCCUGGGAGCAUGUGAACAUCGUGGCUACUUGUACCUCGCCAUCGAGUACGCCCCCCAUGGAAAUCUCCUGGACUUCCUCCGCAAGAGCCGCGUGCUGGAGACCGACCCGGCCUUCGCCAUUGCCAACAGUACGGCGUCCACUCUGUCUUCCCAGCAGCUGCUGCACUUUGCGGCGGACGUGGCCCGGGGCAUGGACUACCUGAGUCAAAAGCAGUUUAUCCACAGGGAUCUGGCUGCCAGGAACAUUUUAGUUGGUGAAAACUAUGUAGCCAAAAUAGCAGAUUUUGGAUUGUCCCGAGGUCAAGAAGUGUAUGUGAAAAAGACAAUGGGCAGGCUGCCAGUGCGCUGGAUGGCAAUCGAAUCGCUAAACUACAGCGUGUAUACAACCAACAGUGAUGUAUGGUCCUAUGGUGUGUUACUGUGGGAGAUUGUUAGCUUAGGUGGCACCCCCUACUGUGGGAUGACAUGUGCAGAACUCUAUGAGAAGCUGCCCCAGGGGUACAGGCUGGAGAAGCCCCUAAACUGCGAUGACGAAGUGUAUGACCUAAUGAGACAAUGCUGGCGGGAAAAGCCUUAUGAGAGACCCUCAUUUGCCCAGAUUCUCGUGUCUUUAAAUAGGAUGUUGGAAGAACGCAAGACCUAUGUGAAUACCACCCUCUACGAGAAGUUCACCUACGCAGGAAUCGACUGCUCUGCGGAAGAAGCAGCCUAGGACAGCUCACCUUCAUCUGUCAUGCUGUUUUCCUUCACUGGCCCGAAAGACCCUUUGCACACCGAUGCUGAGGAAGCUGAGAGACUCUGCCAAGAGCUGUGACACAGGAGUGUAAAUAUCUGUGCGUCUGGGACCUUUGCCGCAAACUGCCCCACACACCAGUGGAUCUGCAGGAUUCGCUGACUCUGAUAGGGCUGUAUAUACUGUUUUGAGUAAGAAUGUGCUGAAUCAGAAUGUUUGUGGUUUCAUAUGCAAUAAUAUAUUUUUUUCUAAAAAUGUGGACUUCACGGAAAGGUGUGAGAAUACAAUUGCUAUAAUGUAUAUCUCAUUAUUCUAGGUAUUUUUGUAUUUACCUUUAUACUGAAUGUUACACAAUGUUUUGCUGUGUAGAAGUAAAAUGUUAAUAAAACGAUCCAGCUACCAUGGGUGAGAAAAGUGAGGCAAAUGUAUAAAUUCUAACAGGACAGAGCUUAACACUGGAGAGAUGCAAAACCCAAUUUCUAUAAAGAGAUACCUUUCUAUCUCUAAAUUUUCUCUUGACCUGUAAAAGCAACCCAGUUUCAUCACUCUGUGUUUCCAGAGUCCACACUGCUAAAAUCUAUGACUUAAGUCUCAUUUCUUAGAAAUCUAAGAGUCUUUGAAAAAAUUUAUGGGAUUUAGCUGUUAACGUCUCUGGUAACAUU